CAUGUAAUUUAAAAUAUUUACAAUGAAAAUUUGUCUGUCGAUUAUUUUUAUAUUUUUUUCAUUUGUGAAUGCUAAUGGAGGAAAAGAUUCAAAAUGCCAAUGCGAAGAUAUCUUGAAGAAAAUACUGGAAAAGCUGUAUAAAAACUCCAUAGAAAUCCAGAACAUUCAGAAAACUAUUAAAGAAUUGGAAGAAGAUGUCAAAACAAUUAAUAAUCAAGUCGAUGAAAAUACUGAAAAAUUAUGUAAAAUUGAAAAUCAAAUUGAAAAGUUAAAUAUCGAACAAAAUGGUAUUUUAAAUAUUGUGAACAGUCAUACUAUAGCGCUUAAUAACAUUGAUAGUUCUAUAAAAGAAAUUAAUAAACAAGAAGAACAUCUUGAAGAGAUUUUGGAAGACAACAGCUGCCGGCUGAGUGAGCUGAAAAUGAUUUUGUUAGGAAUACAGGACUGUGCAUGCAAUGAUGAUACAACUAGCACUUCUACUACUACAGAGACCACUACUGAUCAAGAAACUACACCGCCGACAGAGACGACCACGUAUGAUACUGAUAUUUAUACGUAA